UUCCUCCUACGUGCUUUUCUUCUCUAUAUCUUUGGCGACAUGCAGGCAGUUUCCAAGCUUAUGCGGAUGAAGGGUGUCAAUGGCUUUUCACCCUGCCGCAUGUGUCAUAUUCAUGGGGUUGCAGCUCCUGGCCGUCCAUUUCCGCUCUACACUCCACUCUUCCGCAGCAAUGGGGACUCAUACGAUCCCAGUAAUCUUCCUCUGCGCUCCCAUUCCGAGUUUAUGCAACAAGCUCAGGAGGUUAUCUCUGCGCCUACGCCUGCCAGAUCUAAUGAGCUUGCACGGCAAUAUGGUAUCAAUGGUGUUCCCCUUUUGGCUGCUAUUUCCAGUGUCUCUGUUCCCGACUCUUUUCCCUUUGAUUUCAUGCAUCUCAUAUCCAACAUCAUGACUACACUUGUGGCUCACUGGACUGGGGUGUUCAAGGAUCUUGGUGGCGAAGGCGAGGCGUACUUCAUCUCUCAGGAAGACUGGAGCCGAAUUGGACAGGCUUGCAAAACUUCUGGUGACACCAUUCCAUCUGCAUUCGGGUCACGUGUACCGGAUGUUGCGAGCGAGCAGUGGCAGUUCAAGACAGAGAACUGGUUCACUUUCCUUACUUUCCUUGCACCAGCCUUGCUCCAUGGCCGCCUUGCCUCCCCCUACUACAAGCACUUCCUCAAAUUUGUCAACAUAUUCAACUUAUGCCUCAGCUAUGUCUUGUAUGAUGACGAUAUAGAGGAGCUUAGAAGAGGAUGUGUUAACUGGGUUAACGAAUACGAAAGGUGA